CUCAAAAUGGCGCUAAAAAGAGCUGCCGAAAUGUAAGGUUGUAUUUUGUGACAGUAUUUUGGUAACAUGGCAACUCAGAAACCGGUAGAGUGGGUAUCAGCAUUAAUAACAAGAUUCGAGGAACAGUUGCCAUGUCGAACCGGGCCUCAAACUACACAUUCUCGGAUAAAUGAAGAACAGAACAAGAAAUGUCUUAUCCAGAUAAGCAGAUACAGAUUUUCUUUAGUUAUUUCAGGGCUCACAAAAAUCCUACAACGUGUAAAUGAAAUGUUUCCAACUGUUGUCGGCCAACGGCCACAUGGGCCAGAUAUUGAAAGAAAUUGUUACGAAUCAUUAGUGAUUGUUUUGGAUACACUGGAAAAGUGCCUCAGUAACCAACCUAAAGAUACAGCAAAAUUUGAAGAAGCUAUGAAUGUGAAGCUACUGCUUAGAGAAAUUUGCCAGUUUAUAGAUGUACCACAAGACAAUCCAAAUGUUUUACAGCUAAAAAAUCUUGCAUCUAAAGUACUCUUUGCUCUCAGUUUAAACUUCUUCAAUGCUGUUUUCAAUAGAAUAUCUGCAAGGUUGCAGGAGCUUAGUACAUGCAAUGAAGAAAAUCCUGAUUACAGUGAUAUAGAACUUAUACAACAUAUCAAUGUUGACGUCAAUCGCCUUAUUAAACUGUUAAAUGAAACAAUACAGAAAUUUAGGCUCUUAAAAAAGACAGCAAAUUUAGUGUUAAUGAACUCAUUAGAAAAAGCAAUCUGGAAUUGGAUGGAUACUUACCCCAAUGAAUUUGCCGACUUGCAGAAAAAGCCUAAUGAUGAACUGUCAAAAUGUUGUGAAGGCCUUUUUGAUAUACUGGACAAUUUUGCUGACAACAAAAAGGGGCGUGCUGCCGUGUGGCCUCUUCAGAUCAUGCUGCUUAUUUUAUCACCAAAAGUAUUAGAAGAAAUCGUAAAUGCUGAUUCCGGUGCUCCGUGCUCACCUCGUCACUCAAAAAAGAAACAGUUUGUCGAUUCAGUGAAGCGUGCUGUCGGUCCACACGGUACCAGCAAACAGCUGACAGAAGCUGCAGCGGUUACUUGUGUGAAACUGUGUAAAGCAUCUACAUAUAUCAAUAACCUCGAUUCAAACAAUGUAGCUUUUACUCUUGUUCAAAGUGUUAUAAAUGAUCUCAAGGCACUGCUAUUCAAUCCAGGAAAGCCAUUUUCUCGGGGGCAGAAUUUUGUCCAGCAAGAUAUAGACUUGAUGAUAGACUGUUUUGUAUCAUGUUUUAGGAUUAAGCCCCACAAUAAUGAAGCUUUGAAAGUGUGUCUGAGUCCCCAUUCCCCAUCUACAUACCAUUAUGUUUUGGUUAGCUCGUUAUACAGGAUAAUUACUCAACCCAGAUUAUCGUGGUGGCCGCAGAUUGACUUAGUAUAUAGUAAGUCCGCUGAACUUCGUUCCAUGUUCACUGACACUCUAAACAAGGUCACCCAAGGAUACAUAUCACACACACCUCUUCGGAUGAUUACGAGCCUAACGUUGAAAGGCAAGGAUUCAACAUCAAAAUUCAAAGAGCGGGGUGAAGAGAGCCCAGGUUAUAAAAACUUAUUAUUAUGGAUGGUACGCCUUAUUCACGCAGACCCUAUGCUGAUGCUUAAUAAUCAAGGUAAAGCUGGGCAUGAGAUACAAAGCUCAACAUUAGAACUUAUAAAUGGCCUUGUUAGUUUAGUGCACCAGCCAACUAUGCCUGAUGUGGCCCAAGAGGCAAUGGAAGCACUGCUUGUUCUUCAUCACCCGGAGAAAAUUGAAGUUUGGAAUCCAGAAGCUCCCAUUAAUACUUUUUGGGAUGUGAGUUCACAGGUGUUGUUUUCCAUCUCUCAGAAACUAAUCCAGCAUCAAAUUAUGAAUUAUACAGAUAUUUUAAAGUGGCUGCGAGAAAUACUUGUUUGCAGAAAUGCAUUUUUAUUACGCCACAAGGACUAUGCAAAUGUCGGAAGUCAGAUCGCUAUAUGCAAGCAAGCACAUAUUAAAUUAGAGGUUGUAUUUUUCAUGUACCUAUGGAGCAUUGACAUAGAAGCAGUUUUGGUAGCGAUGUCUUGCUUCAGCUUGCUUUGCGAAGAGGCAGAUAUACGAUGUGGAUCAGAUGAAGUUACAGCGACAUCAUUACUACCCAACUACCAUCUUUAUCAAGAACUCUCACAGGCUGCCACAGUGCUCACCACAGCCAGCGGGGAAUCAAGAAUUUACUAUCGUGAGCAAAAUCAGGGACGUGCAGCCCUGCAGAAACGAAUUAUGGCUUUGUUGAGGAAAAUUGAACAUUGCAUCAAUGGCGUGCAACCAGCAUGGGAGGAGACAUUUCGUAACUGGGAGGCUUCAACAAAGUUAUUAACGUCAUAUCCUAAAUCCAAAAUGGAAGAUGGUCAGGUUGAACCAUUUCAUCGUUCUGUAGGAAAAAGAAGAGCUUCACAUCAAAAUUCAGAACAUGAGCUUGAGGACCAAAUAAAUGAAUGGGCUAACAUGACAGGGUUUCUGUGUGCCUUGGGUGGUGUUUGCCUGCAGAGAAAGUCCCCCUCACGGCCCUCUCUUGGCAUUGGUCUUUUGGCAACAAACAUGGAGCCACGCAAAUGCAAUUUAACUAAUACAAAUCAGGAUGUGCAAUACUGCCCUGUAACACAGUUUGUUGGACAACUUUUGAGGCUUCUUGUUUGCAACAAUGAAAAGUUUGGUGCCCAGAUUCAGAAGCAUGUGAAGGAAUUAGUUGGACAUGAAAUGUCUCCAGCAUUGUACCCAAUUCUGUUUGAACAGAUAAAAGCAAUUGUGGAGAAAUUCUUUGACCAGCAAGGUCAGGUUAUUGUAACGGAAAUCAGCACACAGUUUAUUGAACAUAUCAUCUUCAUUAUGAAAAAUGUCCUUGAAAGCAAGACAGAUCAACCCUCAGAACACCUUGGUGUUACAAGUAUUGAAGGAAUGAUGCUUGCAAUUGUAAGGUAUGUGCGACAUUUAGACAUGACUGUUCAUGCUAUUCACAUAAAAACGAAGCUUUGUCAACUAGUAGAAGCAAUGAUGAAACGCCGAGAUGACUUAGCAUUUCGACAGGAAAUGAAAUUUCGAAAUAAACUUGUGGAGUAUCUAACUGACUGGGUUAUGGGAACAUCUCAUCAGAUAGCACCACCAGGUUCUGGUGAUGUCACAGUUAUUACGAGAGAUCUUGACCAAGCAUGUAUGGAAGCAGUGGCAGCAUUACUUCGUGGCUUACCUCUUCAGCCAGAAGAAUCAGACAGAGGUGAUUUAAUGGAAGCCAAAAGUCAACUGUUUCUUAAGUACUUUACUCUAUUCAUGAAUCUUUUGAAUGACUGUACUGAUGCUCAGGAUGUAGAAAAAGAGGUGUCAAGACAAAGGGUAACGGCAGGAAAAAUAAGUACACUCCGUAAUGCAACAAUUCAGGCUAUGUCUAAUCUCCUUUCAGCUAACAUAGACAGUGGACUAAUGCACUCAAUUGAUCUAGGCUACAACCGUGAUUUACAAACAAGAGCAGCUUUUAUGGAAGUUCUAACUAAAAUUCUUCAACAAGGAACAGAGUUUGACACUUUGGCAGAAACAGUUUUGGCAGACCGAUUUGAACAGUUGGUGCAGUUGGUUACUAUGAUUAGUGACAAAGGUGAACUUCCAAUUGCUAUGGCUCUUGCCAAUGUUGUCACCACAUCACAGAUGGAUGAACUGGCUAGAGUAUUUGUUACAUUAUUUGAUGCAAAGCACUUACUAUCACCAUUGCUAUGGAAUAUGUUCUACAGAGAAGUUGAAGUGUCUGAUUGUAUGCAGACUCUUUUUCGUGGGAAUUCUCUUGGCAGCAAAAUCAUGGCAUUUUGUUUCAAAAUAUAUGGAGCUAAUUAUCUACAGACACUUUUGGAGCCUUUGAUAAGGCCAUUAUUGGAAGAUACAAGUCAAAGUUUUGAAGUAGAUCCUGCAAGAUUGGACUCCACUGAAGAUAUUGAAGAAAAUCGGAGGAACCUUAUAGCUCUUACCCAAAAGGUCUUCGAUGCAAUUGUUUCAUCUGCUGAUAAAUUUCCUCCACAGUUGCGGAGUAUGUGCCAUUGUUUAUACCAAGUGUUAAGUAAACGUUUCCCGCAAAUUCCUCAAAACAAUAUUGGUGCUGUUGGCACUGUGAUAUUUCUGAGAUUUAUAAAUCCAGCAAUUGUUUCACCACAGGAAAUGGGUAUUGUGAACAAGCAAGUGCCACCUUCUGUCAAAAGAGGACUCAUGCUGAUGUCAAAAAUACUCCAGAAUAUUGCAAAUCAUGUAGAAUUCAGCAAGGAGCAACAUAUGCUUCCUUUCAAUGAUUUCCUACGUGCUCAUUUUGAAAUUGGACGAAGAUUUUUCAUUCAGAUUGCAUCAGAUUGUGAAACUGUGGACCAGGCAUCGCAUUCAAUGUCUUUCAUCAGUGAUGCAAAUGUACUAGCUUUGCAUAGACUGCUUUGGAACCAUCAAGAAAGGAUCGGUGAUUAUUUAUCAAGCAGCCGUGACCAUAAGGCUGUAGGGCGCAGGCCUUUUGAUAAAAUGGCCACAUUGCUAGCUUACCUUGGUCCUCCAGAACAUAAACCUAUAGAUUCACAUUUGCUUUUUUCUUCAUAUGCCAGGUGGAGUUCUAUUGAUAUGUCCAGCACAAAUUUUGAAGAAAUAAUGGUCAAGCACAAUAUGCACGAGAAAGAAGAAUUCAAGUCCAUAAAAUCACUGAAUAUUUUUUAUCAAGCUGGAACCUCAAAGGCUGGAUAUCCAGUGUUCUACUAUAUUGCUCGUCGUUACAAGAUUGGUGAAACAAAUGGAGAUCUUCUUAUUUACCAUGUUAUAUUAACACUGAAGCCCUUCUGCCACUCUCCAUUUGAAUUAGUGGUUGAUUUUACUCAUACCUGCUCUGACAACAGAUUUAGGACAGAAUUUCUGCAAAAAUGGUUUUAUGUUCUGCCAGAAGUAGCAUAUGAAAAUGUUCAUGCUGCAUAUGUUUAUAACUGCAAUAGUUGGGUUAGAGAAUACACUAAAUUCCAUGACCGUAUUCUAGCUCCAUUGAAGGGAAAUCGUAAAAUAAUAUUUAUUGAAGCACCUGCAAGACUAAAUGAUUUCAUAGAACCUGAUCAACAGAAACUUCCUGGGGCUACCCUAUCCCUUGACGAAGAUCUGAAGGUCUUCAAUAAUGCCUUAAAGCUCUCUCAUAAGGACACUAAAGUUGCUAUUAAGGUUGGACCAACAGCUAUACAGAUUACGUCAUCAGAAAAGACAAAGGUCUUGGCACAUUCAAUAUUACUAAAUGAUGUUUAUUAUGCAUCAGAAAUUGAAGAAGUUUGUCUAGUUGAUGACAAUCAGUUUACUCUGACAAUUGCCAAUGAAUCUGGUCCGUUGUCAUUUAUACACAAUGACUGUGAUAGUAUAGUGCAAGCAGUCAUCCAUAUUCGUAAUCGCUGGGAGUUGUCACAACCAGAUUCUGUUACUGUUCAUCAGAAGAUAAGGCCAAAAGAUGUACCUGGAACGCUACUCAAUAUGGCUUUGCUUAAUCUAGGAUCAUCGGACCCCAACUUACGAACAGCUGCUUAUAACCAGUUGUGUGCCUUAACUGCAACAUUUGACUUGAAAAUAGAGGGCCAGCUCCUGGAGACACAAGGUCUCUGUAUUCCAUCAAACAACACCAUCUUUAUUAAGUCAGUGAGUGAAAAACUUGCUACCAAUGAACCACACCUAACAUUAGAGUUUCUUGAAGAAUGUAUCCAAGGUUUCAGAGUGUCAACAAUUGAACUGAAGCACUUAUGUCUAGAGUACAUGACUCCUUGGCUGGCAAAUCUUGUGAGGUUUUGCAAGCCAUCAGAUGAAAAUAAGAGGCAACAGAAAGUAGCGCAGAUUUUAGAAAAACUUAUAAUUUUAACAAUAGAGGAAGAAGAAAUGUAUCCUUCAAUUCAGGCUAAAAUUUGGGGUUCCAUUGGACAGGUACCAGAACUAAUAGAUAUGGUACUUGACAGCUUCAUUCACAGAUCAGUUACUGGUGGGCUGGGGUCACCGAUGGUUGACAUAAUGGCAGAUACAGCUGUCGCACUGGCAUCUGCAAAUGUUCAGCUUGUAGCAAAAAAAGUAAUUGGGCGCCUGUGCCGGGUGUUAGACAAAACAUGUUCAUCACCCACACCUCUCCUGGAACAACAUAUGAUGUGGGAUGACAUAGCUAUAUUGGCAAGGUAUCUUCUUAUGCUGUCUUUCAACAACUGCUUAGAUGUGGCCACCCACUUACCAUAUCUUUUUCAUGCUGUGACUUUCUUAGUCUGCUCAGGAUCCCUGAGUAUGCGAGCUGCAACUCACGGCCUUGUUAUUAAUAUCAUACACUCUCUGUGUACUUGUACAAAGCCCUCCUUUUCAGAAGAGACACAAAGAGUUUUACGACUGAGCUUGGAUGAAUUUUCACUGCCCAAAUUUUACCUCCUGUUUGGUAUCAGCAAAGUUAAAUCAGCUGCAGUUACAGCAUUUCGUUCCAGCUACAGGCAUCCCAAUGACAGAUGGUAUGGCGGUGAACGUUGUUUUUCUGGAGCACCACAGGACCGUGAACGUUUAUCUCUCACUUCAUUGGAGACUAUUACAGAUGCUCUGCUAGAAAUUAUGGAGGCUUGCAUGCGGGACAUACCUGAUUGUGACUGGUUACAGUGUUGGACACAACUGGCCAAAAGUUUUGCUUUCUCUUAUAAUCCUGCAUUACAACCAAGAGCAUUGAUAGUAUUUGGAUGUAUAAGUAAAAGUAUCACUGAUCAAGAUGUGAAACAGCUUCUCAGGAUUUUAGUUAAAGCACUAGAAAGCUUCAAUGAUAUAACGUUACUUGAAGCACUAGUUGUUUGUCUGACCAGACUCCAACCUCUUUUGAGAUCUGAAUCUCCAAUACACAGAGCACUAUUCUGGGUGGGCAUAUCUGUUCUUCAGUUGGAUGAAGUCACUCUAUAUGCAUCAGGGCUUGCCCUUCUUGAGCAGAAUCUUCAUACAUUGGAAUCACAGGGAAUCUUUGAUGAAAAGUCUUUGGAGCAGGUUAUGAUGUCUACAAGAGAGCCGUUGGAGUGGCAUUUCAAGCAGCUAGAUCAUGCUGUUGGUCUCAGUUUCAAAGCAAAUUUUCAUUUUGCUCUUGUGGGGCAUCUCCUUAAGGGAUUCAGACAUCCAACUCCAACGACAGUAUCUCGAACAGCACGUGUUCUUACUAGUUUGCUUGGGAUAGUGGCAAAACCUCAUAAAAGAGACAAAUUUGAAGUAAUGCCAGAGAGUGUUGCAUAUUUGGCAGCACUGGUGUCAGUGUCAGAAGAAGUAAGAAGUCGAUGCCACGUGAAGCAUUCUGUGAGCAGAGCAAUGCCAGAAUCUGGGUCCACUGAAAAUUUUCCAGUUGACAUCAAUGUAAAUCUAAUACAACAACCACCAACAUCUGCAAACAUCCCAAACUCAAUGGGUAUAUCAAGUACAACAAAUGACAUAAUUCACCAAGUUGCCCAACAUCAAGCUGUGAGUGGGAGUAGUACACCUGCUAACAGAAGACAAAAGUCAUGGGAUCUGCUUGAUCAGUCUGCUAUAGCACAAGCUCAUCAGAAACAAACCCCUCCACAACAGGUUCAUUCUGCUGCAUGUGGGGGGGACUCUAAUAACGAUAAAGGGUGGCGCAGUCUGGAUCUGGGCCACCAGCCACCUUCAAGUUCAGCUUCGUCAAGACCAUUAUUUCGCACACAGCGUUCAUCAUCAGUGCCUGCUCCAAAAUCAACUGCUGAAGCAGGUGCUACAAAAAAUCGCAGUGCACGGGUAUCUGUGUCCAAUGAAAACAAUAUUCUGUUGGACCCAGAGGUACUCACUGAUUUCUCCACACAGGCUCUGGUCCUAACAGUAUUAGCCACUUUGGUCAAAUAUACCACAGAUGAAAAUGAGACCCGUAUAUUGUACCAGUACUUGGCAGAAGCUUCUGUUGUAUUUCCAAGAGUCUUCCCAGUUAUACAUAGCCUUCUUGAUGCAAAAAUCAAUAAUGUCUUAGCUAUCUGCCAUGAUCAGGUCAUAUUAAGUGCUGUACAGAGUAUUAUUCAAAACAUGAUUGCUUGUGAAGAUACUAGUCAGCAACAACUGCAUUAUCUGCAGAGUUGUGGCUUUGGUGGUCUGUGGAGGUUUGCUGGCCCUUUCACCAAGAGCAACUGCACGGCUGAGAGUGCAGAGUUGUUUGUAAACUGCCUAGAAGCAAUGGUUGAAACUUGCCUUCCUGUUGAGGAAGGUGAGGUUGAUCUAGCACAGUAUCCAUCGAUGCUGAGUGUCUCCAGUAAUAUGAAUCUGAGUUCAUCAAUGUCAAGCUUGACUUUAGGAUCACCUACUGAAAAAGAACCCGUUUUAGAUGUUGGGGCCUGUUCUGAUGGAUCAGGAAAUUCAUUAGGACGUUCUCCAUUUGCUAAACAGCGCAGUUUCAAGUGCAUUAGCAAGAGCAACAAAUCAGGCAAUAUUGUUGAUACACCAAAGUGAGG